AUGUCACUGCAAACGGACCACGGAACUGCAGCAGUGGAAGCUCUUCAUCAAGAAGAUAAUAGUGAAGGUACCACUGAUGGAGCGCCCACGGACGAGUAUGACCCGUGGGAACCUCCCCAUCCUCCUCCUCACCCCUCAUUAGCUGACUUGACGUGUCCUAUUCAACAUAUGAGGCAGUACAUGCUUCAACUGCAGCGUUUCCUUGCUGAUGCCAGAGCUACCAAUAUAAUCGCCCCAGACCGCACUCACAAGGAAACGCUCAUAAAAUAUUAUGGCAUAUACGAUCGUUUGUCGCCAGUCCUCCAAAAGGAUAGUGUUCCACUCUUCCUCCGCAUCUUCGAGAAGUACAGGGAGUGCUUUGUUUCUGGUUUUGUCAUCAUUCCACAAACCCUUGACUUAAUUAUUCUAGAGAAUGCCCUGCGUUGUGCUAAUCUUGUUUUGGAGGGGAAGUCACCUAAGCUCUGCGGAGUACGUGCCAACCCCAACUACAUGACCAGCUUUGGGUACUUCCCCCUCCACCAAGCUGCAGAGUCAUUCUCCGUCGAAAUGGUUGAGUUACUGUUCCGGUAUGGUGCAUCGGCCAAUCAGCGCACCUCGGGUAAUAAAAUCAUCGAGGGCCUCCUCCCACUCCAUGUUGCCAUCGAGAACACUUGCCAGCACAAGUAUCUGGAGGACAACCUAUUAGUUGACGAGAACUACAGGAAGGGGAAUUUUGGGUACAUCUACAAGCUCAUACAUCUGCUUUGCCUGCCUGAGAUGAAGAUCUUCUUGGACACCACUAGAUUGCUUGCAGCUCACACUGAUAAUGUAGUCGAUGAGCUCUGGAAGUACAUGGAGCAUGGGAAGAUUGUCCCUGCAGCUAUUCUUCUCCUUGCAGCUCAAAGGCGAUUUCGUAAGCUCAAUGGUUUUGAUAUGAUCAAGAACCGUAUUGAUGAUUCUAUAUUCUCCCUGAUAAGGGAGGGGUGUGGAUUGCAAAUUGGUAAAAAUACCAAGGCAGCAAAGCAGCGGAAGGAGAAGGAAGUACGUUUCUAUAAUGCGUUGUUCCUUGUUAGGAUAAUUCUGAAAGCUGGUGAAGCUCUUGAUGCACAUAUUCAAACUCAUUCAGAGAAUAAUAUGCAGGCAUCUCAUCACGAGGUCCAUGGAAAAGUUUCAGCAGUUCUCAAAAGUUAUGAUGUUGGUCCUCUCGGAAAAGAUAUUUGCAUUGAAGACCUUCAAUGGUUCGAUUUUUUCAUGCCUUGUGCUUCUAUGGUUGCUAUAUCUUGUAUCUGUAGACGAUUACUUAACAAUAUUUUGAUUCUUUAUUUCAUAUGCUCUUGAAGCUUCCCCUAU